AUGGCACCUAUUCCUGACUCCGACCUCGUCACACUGCUGCAUCAGUCGGCAGCGGCGCCAACGGGCCUCGUGGUGUAUGCAGAUGGCAACCGGAGCCCUCCCACGCGGCUCAGCUAUGCGCAGCUGCGCGAUCGUGCCGCCAAGGGGGCCUCCUGGCUGCGUGGCUGCCCGGAGUUUCGCUCCGGGGCGGUGACCCUGGUUCAUUUUAAAAGCCAUCUAGACAAUAUCGUGUGGUUCUGGGCGACACUGCUGGCCGGCAGUGUGCCUGCCCUGUCGACGCCGUUGGCCAACACAAGCGAGGCCCGGUGCGCGCAUUUCCAGCAUCUGCAUGACGUGCUGAAGGAUCCACUGGUACUGACGCUACAACAGUUACGCACGAGUGACUUUGCAGAGAAUGUCGUCCUGCGCGUGGUGGCCGUAGACGCCGAGUCGGAUGGACAUGGAUACAAUACGAUGAAUGGAUAUGCAAAGGACCACCCUCGCAAGAUGAAUGGAUAUGUGAACGCCACUAAUAGAGCGAACAAAGUCGACAGCCUCGAUGGCGUCGCCGCGCUCAUGUUGACUUCCGGCAGCUCCGGUAACUCCAAAGUUGUCUGCCUGACGCACCAGCAGAUAUUCGCCUCCAUUCGUGGCAAACUCGCCGCUAUGCCCGAGCACGAAGACGGUGCAGUUCUGAACUGGGUCGGCCUGGAUCACGUCGGCAGCCUGAUGGAGACCCAUCUGCGAGCCCUAUAUGCACGCGUCGACCAGGUGCAAAUGCCCGCCAUCGAGGCGCUCAGCCGCCCGCUGAUGUUCCUGCGCCUCCUGACGCGCCAUCGCGUUGCCAUGACCUUUGCGCCGGAUUUCUUCCUGCGCAAGCUGGUAAGUGCCCUGGACACGGCGUCUGCCGAUGAGACGCAAGACAUCGACCUACGUCAUCUACGCUACCUGGUAUCCGGCGGCGAACCUAACGCGGUGGACACUGGCCUGCGUCUGACCGAGCAUCUGCGCCGGCUGGGGUUGCAGUACGACGACGUCAUUACCCCGGGCUUCGGUAUGACCGAGACCUGCGCCGGAUCCAUCUAUAACCGCCAGUUUCCCGUCGUUGACUUACAGACGCGGCGCGACAUCGGGUCACUUGGUACGUGCGUGCCGGGCAUCGAGAUGCGCAUCUCGCCCGUCGCCGGCAAUCAUGACCCGACCGCGCCGGGCAUCCUGGAGCUACGCGGGCCCAUCGUGUUCUCACGAUAUCUGCAUAAUGAGGAGGCCACACGUGCCGCCUUCACUCAAGACGGAUGGUUCCAGACAGGGGAUCUCGCCACCAUCGACGAGCGUGGUCACCUGAUGCUGACGGGGCGGCUGAAAGAGCUGAUUAACAUCAACUCGGUCAAGUAUCUCCCGCACGAGAUCGAGAUCGCCAUCCACCAGGCAUGCAUCCCUGGCGUGGCACCGACCUUCGUGGCCUGCUUCUCCUAUCAACCGGACGGAGCACACGCCGAGGAGGUCUAUGUUGUCUAUCAACAUGAGUACAGUAGCGAGGACGCUGAAGCUCGCAUAUCCGCACUGCAUGCCAUCGUGCGCACUGUCCUGCUAUUCACCUCGGCUCGGCCACGCGUGCUCCCACUGCCGCCGGGACGACUGGACAAGACCACACUCGGCAAGUUGUCUCGCACUAAGAUCCAAAUGGCGUUGGCCCGCGGCGUCUACCGCGAUCAAGAAGAGACCAACGAGCGCAUCCUGCGGGAGUACCGCAGCCAGAGCGUGGUGGCGCCGCGCGACGAGAUGGAGCGGACACUGCGGGACCUGGUGCUGCAGACGCUGGGACUGAGCGAGGAGAUGCAGCUGGGUAUCGACACGCCCAUCCUGGACACAGGCAUCAACUCGGCGGACCUGAUCCGGUUGAAGCGCGCGACGGAGAUCGCGUUCGGCAUUGACGAACUGCCCAUGAUCACCGUGAUGACCCACACGACCAUUCGCUCGCUGGUGGCUGCCAUCCGGCGCUUCCAGUCGACGGCCCAUACGGAGGAGUACCAGCCCGUGGUGACGCUGCAGCCCUCUGGCUCUAACACGCCGCUAUGGCUCUUCCAUCCGGGGGUUGGCGAGAUCCUCGUGUUUCUGGCACUCGCACCCUACUUCCCAGAGCGACCCAUCUAUGCGAUGCGGCCGCGUGGAUUCAACCGCGGCGAGACGACGUUCGACAACUUGGAGGAGCUGGUGACGACGUACUAUGCGGCGAUGCGUGCACGCCAACCACGGGGCCCGUACGCCCUGGCAGGAUACUCAUACGGCAGCAUGUUGGCCUUCCAGAUCGCGCAGCGGCUCGAAGCAGACGGCGAGACGGUGCAAUUCCUCGGGUGCCUGAACUUGCCGCCGCACAUCAAGCAGCGCAUGCGCCGGCUCGACUGGACGGCCGGACUCCUCCACAUCGCGCACUUCUGCGCCAUUAUCCCCGAAGAGCGAUCGCGCGCUCUCAUGACCGAACUGCGCGGGCAGGCACCUGCGGUGCAGGUGGCUCGCGUGUUCGCCGAAGGAGACGCCCAGCGCACGGCGGAGCUGGGCCUUACACCAUCGAACCUACAGACCUGGACAGACGUCGCCUUCUCACUGCAACGCAUGGGAUGGGACUACGAUCCGACGGGGAGUGUGGCGACGCUAGACGUUUUCUUCUGCGACCCGCUGAGCGACGUGGCCGGAUCGCGCGAAGAGUAUCGACAGACGAAGCUGAACCGGUGGGCGGAUUACGUGCGCGAGGAUCUGCGCUUCCAUGAGGUGGACGGGGCGCAUUACACAAUGCUGUCGACUGAGCAUGUGGGACGGUUCCAGCAGACGUUGAAGAAGGCCCUGGCGGAGAGGGGGUUAUGA